UUAAAAAAUUUCAAUGUUUUCAGAGAAUCACAUGUUUUCAGUGCUUUUUUGGUUUUUUUCAAAGUUUAUUCCACUCAUCCCUGUUACGUCAUUGACAAGCGAUCAAAGUGGACCGGUCGCGUUUUAAUGACGUAUCACUGCUUUGUUUGGGUUACAACGCAACAAUCAUGGCGGAAUUGAAUCGACAGCUUCAGGAAUAUUUAGCGCAGUCUAAAAGCGGUGCAAAGACAAUAUCCCAGUCGAGCUCCAGCACCACGGUGAACAUCGACGAAGCCGAAAGCAAUGUAACAGGCACCUGGUUCGGUCGGUGGUCGAGCCCGUUCUCGGGUCGCGCCGGUUCUUCCACAGGCCCGAGCACGAGCAGCGGGUUUUCCUGGCCGUGGUCAGCGGAAUCUGAUCCCUGUCUGCCUGGCGUGAGUCGGUCUCAGCGAAUGGUCGCGUUCGUGGUGUGCAUCUUAUUCUCGGCGCUGUGUUUCGGACUCUCGGCUCUAUACGCGCCGCUGCUCUUACUGAAGGCGAGGAAAUUCGCUCUGCUGUGGUCGCUCGGCUCGCUGUUCGCGCUGACUGGCGCCGCCGUCUUGCGCGGCCCGAGCCGCAUGAUCGCCGCCCCGUCCCCGGGGGCCGUGUUGUACAUGUGCUCGCUGGGGGCGACGCUCUACGCGGCGCUGGCACUCCACAGCACCAUGCUCACGGCGCUCGGAGCCAUCGUGCAGAUUGGCGCUAUAGUGGGCUACGUGGUGUCUCUGGUACCCGGUGGCAGCGCCGGGAUGCGGUUUGUCGGCGGAAUGGCUGCAUCGGCAAUUAAAAGGACAGUGACCGGAAAAACCAUGCCCAUAUGAGCACGUUAUGGACACAUUACAGAAGACAAUAGUGUGCAGGACAGAUGUGUUUGAAAUUUUGGGAUGUGUAUUGUAUUAAUCUAGAGUGCAGAUUACUAGUGUUUCUCAUCACCUGCUGUCAGGAGAGUGGGUUGGGUUCUGCAUUUAUCUGGAUUAACUACAAAUUAAUUGAUAUUUCCACUGUGAAAUGAGGACCAAAGCAGUACUUGUGCACAUUUAACAAAUUUUGUAAUAUUGUAAAUAAACAUGGAUAUUUACACUGUA